GGAGGGGCAAUGGGGAGUAAUACGAAUGAUAACUGUCACCAACGUUUUUGGGCCUUCUAAAGUGGUUGGUCAGUACUGUAGAAUUGAAAUGGAAAAUUACUAAAUAUACACUCAGUUCAGAAUCACUGUCCUUGUGUUCUGUAGACUUCUGAUGUAACUUCACUCCUGUAUUCUACGUUCAUCCCCUCACCUCAUCGCAUGAAUUAACUGUUAACUCUGUUUUGGGACUUUUCAGAUUGCAUAACAUUUUACGCGGUGUUGUUCAUAUUAACAUGUUGCUGCUUGUGUUGGCUUUAUUAAUAAAACUAUCAGUAGGAAGCCUGUUUCUGGUAGAACUACAUUUUUUUUAUACUGCUACGCGUUGUCAAAAUAUAUUUACCAGGAAGGAAAUUUGAUCUAUAACUGCGGUAUAGUUUUAUCUGGAGAGGUUUAUUUGGGUUGCUACAGUGUGACAACAAUUAGGUGGAGUAGAUAAAACCUGUUGGCCUGCAUGCAUGAAACACGUCAUGAAAGAGAAUAUUCUAACCAAUGAAAAACAACGCAAGAUAGAGGAAGUUGGUGAGGUCAAAACAAAGCAGAUUCAAAUUGGGUUAGGGUUAGUGCAUCUGAACAAAGUCACGUAGUCCACGCCGACCCAGAACUAUGGCAGGCAGCAACACUGAAACCCGCUCCGCAGGGCAGGCUCUGACCGAUAAGGAGCUCAUGAAGGUGGCCGAAACGCUGGGACAGGAGUGGGAGCAGGCGGCCCUCCACCUGGGGCUGAAGACCAAAGAUCUGGAGGACAUCAAGGCAGAACAUAGACCUGUGGCCAUGCAGAAGCAGAAGAUGUUGGUGCUGUGGAAGCGCCGAAGACUACCAGGAAAGGCCACAGCUCAUGACCUGCUGAGAGGUCUGGAAGACCUGGAGGACCUACCGGUCGAGACUCGUCAGUUAUUGUCAGGGGAGCUUAAGAGGAUCCGUUCUGAAUUUGCGGAGAGAGUUUCAAACCCAGUUAUCAAACGUCUCCUGGAUUACCUUUAUGAGCGGAAGGUGUUCAGUACUGAGGAAAAGGACACUGUGAUGGAGAACCACAAGACCAGAGCAGACCAAGCACGGUGUCUGAUCGACAUGGUGAUCCAGAAAGGGGAGAGAGCAAGUCAGAUAAUGAUCGAUCGUAUGAAGAAGAGGGACAAGCACUUAUCCUCAACCCUGGGUCUGAUCUCUUCUCCUGCUGGUGUGGGUCUUAAAGAGGACAAGACGGUGGUAAAGCCAAGGAAAGAAAAAAGAGGGGAGCUUCAAAGGAUCCAUUAUGAAUUUGUGAAGACAGUUAAAAUCGCAGUUAUCAGAGGUCUCCUGGAUGACCUUUUGCAGCAGAAAGUGUUCAGUACUGAGGAGAAAGACUCUGUGAUGGAGAAGAAGAAGAUCAAAACGGACAUGGCAAGGUGUCUGAUCGACAUGGUUAUCGGGAAAGGGGAGAAACAAAGUCGGAUAAUGAUUAAAAAUAUGAAGAAGAGGGACCCUGACUUAUGCUCCACCCUGGGUCUGAUCUCUUCUCCUGCUGGUGUGGGACAAAUAUCCGUUAAGACGGUGGCAAAGCCAAGGACACAAAAAAAAGGGGAGCUUCAAAGGAUCCAUUCUGAAUUUGUGAAGACAGUUAAAAUCGCAGUUAUCAGAGGUCUCCUGGAUGACCUUUUGCAGCAGAAAGUGUUCAGUACUGAGGACAAAGACUCUGUGAUGGAGAAGAAGAAGAUCAAAACGGACAUGGCAAGGUGUCUGAUCGACAUGGUUAUCGGGAAAGGGGAGAAACAAAGUCGGAUAAUGAUUGAAAGUAUGAAGAAGAGGGACCCUGACUUAUGCUCCACCCUGGGUCUGAUCUCUUCUCCUGCUGGUGUGGGACAAAUAUCCGAUAAGACGGUGGUAAAGCCAAGGACACAAAACAAAGGGGAGCUUCAAAGGAUCCAUUCUGAAUUUGUGAAGACAGUUAAAAUCGCAGUUAUCAGAGGUCUCCUGGAUGACCUUUUGCAGCAGAAAGUGUUCAGUACUGAGGACAAAGACUCUGUGAUGGAGAAGAAGAAGAUCAAAACGGACAUGGCAAGGUGUCUGAUCGACAUGGUUAUCGGGAAAGGGGAGAAACAAAGUCGGAUAAUGAUUGAAAGUAUGAAGAAGAGGGACCCUGACUUAUGCUCCACCCUGGGUCUGAUCUCUUCUCCUGCUGGUGUGGGACAAAUAUCCGAUAAGACGGUGGUAAAGCCAAGGACACAAAACAAAGGGGAGCUUCAAAGGAUCCAUUCUGAAUUUGUGAAGACAGUUAAAAUCGCAGUUAUCAGAGGUCUCCUGGAUGACCUUUUGCAGCAGAAAGUGUUCAGUACUGAGGACAAAGACUCUGUGAUGGAGAAGAAGAAGAUCAAAACGGACAUGGCAAGGUGUCUGAUCGACAUGGUUAUCGGGAAAGGGGAGAAACAAAGUCGGAUAAUGAUUGAAAGUAUGAAGAAGAGGGACCCUGACUUAUGCUCCACCCUGGGUCUGAUCUCUUCUCCUGCUGGUGUGGGACAAAUAUCCGAUAAGACGGUGGUAAAGCCAAGGACACAAAACAAAGGGGAGCUUCAAAGGAUCCAUUAUGAAUUUGUGAAGACAGUUAAAAUCGCAGUUAUCAGAGGUCUCCUGGAUGACCUUUUGCAGCAGAAAGUGUUCAGUACUGAGGACAAAGACUCUGUGAUGGAGAAGAAGAAGAUCAAAACGGACAUGGCAAGGUGUCUGAUCGACAUGGUUAUCGGGAAAGGGGAGAAACAAAGUCGGAUAAUGAUUGAAAGUAUGAAGAAGAGGGACCCUGACUUAUGCUCCACCCUGGGUCUGAUCUCUUCUCCUGCUGGUGUGGGACAAAUAUCCGAUAAGGCGGUGGCAAAGCCAAGGACACAAAAUAAAGGAAAUGGAGGCCUGAAAAGAAAUGGAAAUAAAUCAGAAGAAGUGGCCAAUAAGAAACCUUGCACGGUUGAUGUGUCAGACAGCAUCACUGAAAACCGCUCCAUAGGGAAGACUCUGACUGACAAGGAGCUCAUGAAUGUGGCCAAAACGCUGGGAAAUGAGUGGGAGCAGAUUGCCAUCCAUCUGCAAAUAACGACCAAAGCUUUGGAGGACAUCAAGGCAGAACAUAGAUCUGUGGCCAUGCAGAAGCUGAAGAUGUUGGUGAUGUGGAAGUGCCGAAGACCACCAGGAGAGGCCACAGCUCAGGACCUGCUGAAAGGUCUGGAAGACCUGGAGGACGUACCGGCCGAGACUCGUCAGUUAUUGACAGAACUUGUGCAGAAUCGUUCUAAACCUGUUAAGAAGAAGAAGCCGCCAUGCAGUAGCGGACAGGAGAGCCUUCCUGUCGAACUGUCCUCGUCUCCGCCCCUCAAAAAGCCUGCUAGUGACGGGAUGCUGGCAGGUGAAAAAACCGAAAGGAAAAGCUGCAAUCGCUCACAAGGAAAGGCCAAAGCAAAGGACCCGCUGAGAGGACAAAUAUCCAAUAAGACGGUGGUAAAGCCAAGGACACAAAACAAAGGACUUGUACAGAAUCGUUCUAAACCUGUUAAGAAGAAGCUGUCAUGCAGCGCACAGGGGAGCCGUCCUGGUGAGCUGUCCUCGUCUCCGCCACCCAAAAAGCCCAAAAGCGACGACACGCUGGGGACGAGUCUCACAGAAGACACGGCAAGCAUGCCCGUGGUGGACAGCUAUGAAGAGGAGGACUGUUCUGAUUCUGGAGAGCAGAGCCAAGGACGAAAGAGUAGUAAGUCAGGACUUCGAUCUAAACCUGUUAAGAAGUCGUCACACAGUAGCGGACCGGGGAGCCGUCCUGCUGAGCUGUCCUCGUCCCUGCACCUCAAAAAGCCGGCUAGUGACGGGACGCUGGCACUUGGGGACGACAAGACGGUAGUGAAGCCAAAGAAACAAACGAGAGCCAGAAAUAAUGAAACCUGCUCUGCAGGUCAGGAUCUGUCUGAUGAGCAGCUCCGGGAUGUUGCAAAAACGCUGGGACAGAAGUGGGAGCAGGCAGCCCUCUACCUGGGGCUGAAGAACAAAGAUCUGGACGACAUCAAGAAAGAAAAGAGAGAAUUCAUGCAGAUACGGAACAUGUUGCGGCUGUGGAAGGACCGAAGACCAGGAAAGGCCAAAGCACAGGACCUGCUGAGAGGUCUGGAAGGCCUGGAGGACCUACCGGUCGAGACUCGUCUGUUAUUGAAAGGAGAGCAGAGCCAAGGACGAAAGAGUAGUAAGUCAGACGCCAGUGCUGAGAUUGCUGAAGAUGAUGAAGAGGAAAUGCACGUCAAGUCACAACGUGAAAAAUUCAAAGCAGCUCAGCAGAGCCCUGAGUAUGUGAAGGUUACCCCAACGGAGAUUUCAAAGCAGAGCUCCAAUCCCAUCAUUCCCAGCAGUCGUCCGGUGCAGCACGAAGGGGCUGUGCUCGUUUACAAGGAGCUGAAGAGACAAUGCCGAACGGACCACAUCUUCCGCGUGUUUUUGUCCUUGAACACCAUCCCUGAGACCGAGGCUGUUAAAGAACAGCUGCUAAAAACUGGUAAGGAAUGGAUCGAGAUUGACAAAUCACCCCGCUGUUUGCUGGAAGAGAAGGUCUACCACCUCACAAGCGAGCCAGAAGGGCAAAUUGAACACAAGAAUCAAAAAUUCACCACUGCAGUUUUAGCAUGUAGGGGCUAUUUUGUAGCACGCUUCAGUGAGAGUCCUCCUUUCAUAUUGUUUCUCAUGGACUCUGACUCUGAUGAACCUUUGUGGUCUGCAACAAUCCGAGAAGAGGAUUGGAAAGGCAAGAAUGGUUCUCAUUUGAAGAUGAACCAGGUGGCCAACAACAGAGGGAGAGGAGAGCAGAGCCAAGGACAAAAGAGCAGUCACUCAGGCAGCAACACUGAAACCCGCUCCGCAGGGCAGGCUCUGACCGAUAAGGAGCUCCUGAAGGUGGCCGAAACGCUGGGACAGGAGUGGGAGCAGGCGGCCCUCCACCUGGGGCUGAAGACCAAAGAUCUGGACGACAUCAAGGCAGAACAUAGACCUGUGGCCAUGCAGAAGCAGAAGAUGUUGGUCCUGUGGAAGCGCCGAAGACCAUCAGGAGAGGCCACAGCACAGGACCUGCUGGAAGGUCUGGAAGACCUGGAGGACCUACCGGUCGAGACUCGUCAGUUAUUGUCAGAACUUGGAAGGAUUGGCUCUAAAUUAGUCUACACGUUGUCGGACCACGAUGUCAUCAAUCUCCUGCGUUACCUUAGGGAGAUGAAUGUGUUGAAUGACGAGGAGAAGAAGACUGUAGAGUGGAAGACGACCAGAGAAGACAAAGCACGUUGUCUCAUUGAUACGGUGAUGAAGAAAGGGGAGAGAGAAAUAAGCCUGAUGGUUGAUUAUCUGACGGCAAGGCAACCUGAACUAUGCUUAACCCUUGGUCUGACACCAACUUCUUCUCGGAUCAAACUUCAAAGGAUUCGCUCUAAAUUAGUCUACAUGUUGUCAUACAACGAUUUCAUCAAUCUCCUGCAUUACCUUAGGAAGAUAAAUGUGUUGAAUGACGAGGAGAAGAACACUGUAGAGGGGAAGACGACCAGAGAAGACAAAGCACAUUGUCUAAUUGAUACAGUAAAAGAGAAAGGGGGGAAAGCAAGUAGCGUGAUGGUUGAUUAUCUGACGGAGAAACACCCUGAACUAUGCCCAACCCUGGAUCCGACCAAAACUGCUCAGAUCAAACUUGGAAGGAUUGGCUCUAAAUUAUUCGCCAUGUUGUCGGACCACGACGUCAUCAAUCUCCUGCAUUACCUGAGGGAGAUGAAUGUGUUGAAUGACCAGGAGAUGAAGACUGUAGAGGGGAUGAUGACCAGUAAAGACAGAGCACGUUGUCUCAUUGAUACGGUGAUGGAGAAAGGGGAGAGAGCAAGUAGCCUGAUGGUUGAUUAUCUGACGAAGAGGCACCCUGAACUAAGGAUAGGGUUUGGUGGGGAUCCGUCAUUCAGUAGCAGACAGGAGAGUUCUGGUCUGAUGUCCCCGUCUCUGCCCCUCGAAAUGCAUGAAGGCGACAGCGAGCUGGAACCUCUGAUGACAUCAGGCAGUAGCAGCCAGUGGAGCUUGUCCAAGCCUGAGCUGUCCGGCCCUGUGGACUCUGAGUCGUCACUUCCAUUUGAAAAGCUUGGUAGCGCGCAGGAACUUGGAAGGAUUCGCUCUAAAUUAGUCGACAUGUUGUUGGACCAAGAUGUCAUCAAUCUCCUGCGUUUCCUUCGGGAGAUGAAUGUGUUGAAUGACGAGGAGAAGGAGACUGUAGAGGGGUGGAUAACAAGUGAAGGCAAAGCACGUUGUCUCAUUGAUACGGUGAUGAAGAAAGGGGCGAGAGAAAGUAGCGUGAUGGUUGAUUAUUUGACGGAGAGACCCCCUGAACUAUGGCCGACCCUGGGUCUGACCCCAACUUCUGCUCUGAUCAAACUUGGAAGGAUUCGCUCUAAAUUAGUCCACACGUUGUCAGACCACGAUGUCAUCAAUCUCCUGCGUUUCCUUAGGGAGAUUAAUGUGUUGAAUGACGAGGAGAAGAAGACUGUAGAGGGGAAGACCACCAGAGAAGACAAAGCACGUUGUCUCAUUUAUUCAGUGCUGGGGAAAGGGGAGAGAGCAAGUAGCCUGAUGGUUGAUUAUCUGACGGCGAGGCAACCUGAACUAUGCUUAACCCUGGGUCUGACCCCAACUUCUGCUCGGAUCAAACUUGAAAGGAUUCGCUCUAAAUUAGUCGACAUGUUGUCUUACAACGAUUUCAUCAAUCUCCUGCAUAACCUUAGGAAGUUAAAUGUGUUGAAUGACGAGGAGAAGAAGACUGUAGAGGGGAAGACGACCAGAGAAGACAAAGCACGUUGUCUAAUUGAUACGGUAAAAGAGAAAGGGGGGAAAGCAAGUAGCGUGAUGGUUGAUUAUCUGACGGAGAAACACCCUGAACUAUGCUCAACCCUGGAUCCGACCAAAACUGCUCAGAUCAGGUUUGGUGGGGAUCCGUCAUUCAGUAUCAAACAGGAGAGUCCUGGUCUGAUGUCCCCGCCUCUGCCCCUCGAAAUGCAUGAAGGCGAUAGCGAGCUGGAACCUCUGAUGACGUCAGGCAGUAGCGGACAGGGGAGCUUGUCCAAGUCUGAGCUGUCCGGCCCUGUGGAUUCUGAGUCCUCACUUCCAUUUGAAAAGCUUGGUAGCGCGCAUGACAAAGUCUAUGAAACCCGCUCCCCAGGGCAGGAUCUGUCAGAUAAGCAGCUCCGGGUUGUUGCACAAACUCUUGGACGAAGGUGGGAGAAGGCGGCCCUCCACCUGGGGCUGACGGAUGAAGAUCUGGACGACAUCAAGAAAGAAGAGAUGGCUGAGUUCAAGCAGAGACGGAAGAUGUUGCGCCUGUGGAAGGAGCAAAGACCAGGAAAGGCCACAGCACAGGACCUGCUGAGUGGUCUGGAAGGGCUGAAGGUCCUACCGGUCAAAACUCGUCGGUCAUUGGAAGGACUGAUAAAGAAUACAUCUGCUGGUCUGAUGACGUCAGGCAGUAGCGGAGUGUGGAGCUUGUCCAAGUCUGAGCUGUCCGGCCCUAUGGACUGCGGGUCGUCGUUUCCAGCUGAAAUGCCAGGUAGCUCACAUGAUAGAGACUCUCAAACCUGCUCCCCAGGGCAGGAUCUGUCUGAUGAGCAGCUCCGGGAGGUUGCAAAAACGCUGGGACAGGAGUGGGAGCAGGCAGCCCUCCACCUGGGGCUGAAGAACAGAGAUCUGGACGACAUCAAGAAAGAAAAGAAAGUAUUCAUGCAGAGACGGAACAUGUUGCGGCUGUGGAAGCGCCAGAGACCAGGAAAGGCCACAGCUCAGGACCUGCUGAGAGGUCUGGAAGACCUGAAGAACCUUCCGGUCGAGGCUCAUCGGUUAUUGAAAGACUUUGCAUGUUUAAGAAUUCCGACAUGCAGUAGCGGACAGGAAAGUCGUCCUGGUAAGCUGUCCUCGUCUCUGCCCCUCAAAAGGCAUGGUAGUGAAAGCACGCUGGACUUGGCAUCUUUAAGAAUUUCGACAUACAGUAGCGGACAGGAAAGUCGUCCUGGUAAGCUGUUCUCGUCUCUGCCCCUCAAAAGGCAUGGUGGUGAAAGCACGAUGGACUUGGCAUCUUUAAGAAUUCCGACAUGCAGUAGCGGACAGGAAAGUCGUCCUGGUAAGCUGUCCUCGUCUCUGCCCCUCAAAAGGCAUGGUAGUGAAUGCACGCUGGAUGCCAGUGCUGAGAUUGAUGAAGCUGAUGAAGAGGAGAUGCACUUCAAGACACAUUGUGAAAAAUGUAAAGCAGCUCAGCAGAGUCCUGAGUAUGAGAAGGUUACCCCAAUGAAGAUUUCUAAGUGGAGCUUUGAGGUACAGCUGGAAGGCGAGGGGACCUAUGAGUGUUCGGCUACAGGUCUGGUGUUUGAAGUGUCGGAGCAGGCUCUGGUCCGCUACUCGGUCCUGACCUGGUCUGAAUUCUCUGAGUUCCUCGGGGACUCCUGGAGACCUGCUGGAUCGAUUUAUGAUGUGGAUGUGGAGGAUCCAUCUGUGCUCAAGUUUAUCCAUUUCCCACACUCUCUGUGCCUUGCUGAACCAUUGCAUGAGCUGAGCUUCAGUGUUCUGCAUGUAAAGGAACGCCAUCCCAACAUUGAGUCGACGGUGGACUUCACGGCGAGCCAUGUUAAAUGGCGCGUGUCCUCGCUCUCUCUCCUGGGUCUCAUUCUGAGCAGCAUUCGGAGAUGCUUUCUGAGCAUAUGGAAUUGGAAGCACCAUGGGUUGGUGCUGAUUUACAAGGAGCUGAACAAAAAAUACUUCAUCCUCCAAGUGUAUUUGGGCUCGAACAGCAGUUCUGAGAUCAAGGCUAUUGAAGAACAGGUGCUCAAGGCCAGGAAGAAUGGCACCAGGAUUACAGAAACGUACAAACAUCUCACCUGUAGGCUGGAAGAGAAGUUCUACUGCCUCACUUGUGAGCCAGAUGGACAAAUUGAACCCACGAAUCUUGAAUUCACCACUGCAGUGUUAGGACUGAAGGGCUUUUUUAGAGUACGCUUCGGGAAGCUUCCUCCUUUCAAAUUGUUUCUCAAGGACUCCGUGAUAAACGAACAUUUCCCCUUUUUGAUUUUUACAAUCGAAGAAGAUGAUUGGCACAGUGAGGAGAAACCAGAAGUGACAUCUGAUCUCCCAUCUUCACCUCGCCUCUCUCUGGAGCAUCCUGCAGGUCAAGCAACAUCCAGCACUACAUCCAGCCCUCCAGCUCCCUCCAGGGCAACACAGGCUGCAGGACAUCCAACAUCCAGCACCACAUCCAGCCCUCCAGCUCCCUCCAGGGCAACACCGGCUGCAGGACAUCCAACAUCCAGCACUACAUCCAGCCCUCCAGCUCCCUCCAGGGCAACACAGGCUGCAGGACAUCCAACAUCCAGCACUACAUCCAGCCCUCCAGCUCCCUCCAGGGCAACACCGGCAGAAGGAAACGAAGGCCGGAAAAGAAGAAGAAGUGAAUCAGAAGAAGAAGUGGCCAAAAAGAAACCUUGCACGGUGGAUGGGUCAGACAUAAGCACUGAAAGCCGCUCCACAGGGCAGACUCUAUCUGAUAAGGAGCUCCUGCAGGUGGCCAAUACGCUGGGACAGGAGUGGGAGCAGGUGGCCCUCCACCUGGAGCUGAAGAACAAAGAUCUGGAAGACAUCAAGGCAGAACAUAGCACUGUGGCCAUGCAGAAGCAGAAGAUGUUGGUGCUGUGGAGGGGCCGAAGACCACCAGGAGAGGCCACAGCUCAGGACCUGCUGAGAGGUCUGGAAGACCUGGAGGACCUACCGGUCAGGACCCGUGAGUUAUUGACAGGACAUGUAGACGACCAGACGUUGGUAAAGCCAAGGAAACAAAACAAAGGAAAUAUAUCCGAGAAGACGGUGGUAAAGCCAAGGAAACCAAAAAGAGUGGAGCUUCGAAUGGUCCGUUGUGAAUUUGUGAAGACAGUUAAAAUCUCAGUUAUCAGAGGUCUCCUGGAUGACCUUUUGCAGCAGAAAGUGUUCAGUACUGACGACAAAUACUCUGUCAUGGAGAACGAGAGGAGCAGAAAUGACCGAGCACGGUGUCUGAUCGAUAUGGUGAUCGGUAAAGGGGAGAAAGCAAGUCGGAUAAUGAUUGCUAGUAUGAAGAAGAAGUACAAUGACUUAUGCUCCACCCUGGGUCUUAUCUCUUCUCCUGCUGGUGUGGGACAUGUAGACGACAAGACGGUGGUAAAGCAAAGGAAACAAAACACAGGAAAUGGAGGCCGGAAAAGAAAUGGAAGUAAAUCUGAAGAAGUGGCCAAUAAGAAACCUUGCAAGGUAGAUGUGUCAGAUAGCAUCACUGAAACCCACUCCACAGGGCAGACUCUGACUGACAAGGAGCUCAUGAAUGUGGCCGAUACGCUGGGACAGGAGUGGGAGCCGGCUGCCAUCCACCUGGAGCUAACGACCAAAGAUUUGGAUGAAAUCAAGGCAGAACAUAGACCUGUGGCCAUGCAGAAGCUGAUGAUGUUGGUGCGGUGGAAGUGCCGAAGACCACCAGGAAAGGCAACAGCACAGGACCUGCUGAAUUGUCUGACUGACCUGAAGCACCUACCGGUCGAGACUCAUUUAUCAGUUAUUGACAGAAUUGAUGAAGUGCCAUAGUGAACUAGAUGGCUCUGUCCAAAGAAAACAGUGAAGAUAUGCAGAAUAACCUGAAACAGUGAAGCUGUCUGUGAAUGCAUCCUGGUCGUUGGGAUACGGCCAGAUGAUGACGACAGAAAGACUAUUCAAAAGUGUAAGCAGCC